GAGAGUUGUUGGGAGCGGCCAAUAGGAACGGCGGUCGGGCAGAGCGCUGAGUUCUCGCGAGAGUUGAUAUGAAAAGGCAAGAAAACGCGGGAGACCGCUGCCGAGCGAAGUUGGUGCGCGAAAGGAAUGAACAGCGCAAUAACAAGAACACUAUAACACAAUAAUUACAACACAACAAAAAUAACACAUUAACUACUACACCACACCACACCAACCACGACAACAGACACAGUUCGCCGCUCAGUUGGCGGGUUCACCACGGCGCUUGUUGGUGCCAGGCUAGGUGUACGUCGAGGCCGUUUGCGUGCGGGGAGCUGGCGUCAGAUCUACGUGCGUCUGCCACAGGAGCAAUGGCGCAGACUCCGGUGUCGUCUGCGAUGCCGCUGCGGAGGCCGCUUGGUCUGAGCGCCUCCAAAGAGAAGUCUGCACGAAUCCGCUUGCUUCAGCUGAACUUCAUGAAGCGCCUCUCGGCACAAGCUGGCACGAGUGCAUCGCCCACAUUAUCUACAAAGCUUCCGAAAAAUGCAAGCACUCCAGACAUGAGUCCUUACACCCUGUUGAAAAAGAUCCACAACACAGCCACGGAGGUUAGCCCUGUGGAGGUGUUUAAGCCCAUGCCUGAACAUGUGAAGGAUGACGCGGGGACUUACAGGACAUCUGAAGCAAGCAGUCUGUUCGAGUUGACCACACCGACGGACGAGAAUGAGAGCGGGAGACUGAAGCAGCGGCACCAUCGCUCCAUGAAGACGCCGGUCGACAUGCAGACAUUCACCCAGAAAGUCCAGCAAGCCAUGGAUGGCAGAGACCUACCUGCAUUGGAACGAUCUGCCAUGAACAGUCUGUUCGAGUUGACCACACCGACGGACGAGAAUGAGAGCGGGAGACUGAAGCAGCGGCACCAUCGCUCCAUGAAGACGCCGGUCGACAUGCAGACAUUCACCCAGAAAGUCCAGCAAGCCAUGGAUGGCAGAGACCUACCUGCAUUGGAACGAUCUGCCAUGAACAGCUUAAACCUGAACACUCCACUCGACUCCGAGGAGGAGGGUGACGAUGCGACGGGGGUGAGGAUACGACGCAGCCACACGAGGGCACCAACGCAAAGGGUCAACAAGGAGGCUUUUUCGCAGCAUCUCCGACAACACUUGAGAGAGGAGGCUGAGGAGCCCCGACCUGCGCACACCACAGACUUGAUGCCUGGAGGGGUUUCUGAACUGUCCAUCGGGGAACACACCUCACAUUUCUCAGAAAGGAGUAGUAGCAAGCGCAAACUGAGAGACCGAUCCACGCCGGGAGUCGGGAAAAUGGCGGCAAAGACACUAGAUGGUCAUAUGGAAGUGUCGGGAAGGGCAGAAGACGAGCAUAGUGACGAUAUGGAAGAAAACGGUGUUCCUGCAGAAGUGACUAUGUCGGGUUACCUUAGUCCAGUUAUUGACAUUCACCCAUCACCACACAUUAGCACCCCAAAAGUAUCUGCAAUACAGAGUGGCCUGCAGGACAGCGAUGGAGAUGUCACAGGGGCAGAGGAACUGGAGAUGAUGAGUGAAAGAGACGAGAUGUCUGAAGAAAUAUCUGGAUUGAACCCCAUGGAGGAAGCAGAAAUGCUAUCUGCCGAGUUAGUAGAUCCCAUGUCUAUUCCACACCUCAGCCACACAUCUCCAGUUGGUGAAGACUUGAUGGAUGACGAGGAGGAGGGGGAGUCAAAACCUGAGUCAGACGGUGACCAAGCUGGCCCUGUUGGAGAUGCCUUGGAUCGUGGACUUAGCCACAAUUUGGCAACGUCACCUUAUGAAGAAGAAGAAGAGGAGGAAGAUUACGGCAGUAGUAACGAUGAGGAAGGAGAGUUAAAAUUGCAUGAACUGAAGGCGAGCAGCAAGCCCUCGCCAACUCUGAACACUCCUGCUUUCUUCGCGAAAGACAAACUUUCUAAAGGCAAGCAGAAGGCCGCGCUGAAGAUAAACAAAGCUACUUCAAAAAGAGGCAAGACAGAGAAAGUGUUGAAGAUACCGAUGAAGGAGAUCAAGAAUAUCUGCCAGAGAUUUGUGCCCUGCCGGCUGAACAGAGAUGCCCUUUUGGCCAUUGAAAAUAGACUGCCACUGUUAUUUGAACAGAUGUUGGAUGACCUGGAUGCAUUUGCAUCCCAUGCUGGGAGGAAAACGAUUACAAUCGCAGAUGUGGAGCUGCUGAUGAAGAGGCAGCGUUAUGUGACGGACACGAUGCCUCUCGUAGCCCUGGUUCGCGAGUAUCUCCCCAUGGAGAAGCGUGUGGAGUUGCUGGACAUUGUCCUGGGCAAGGUCCUGCCACCGCUGCCCAUGACAGACAAAUAGAACAUCGAGAACGCUGCAUGUGCGGGAAACACUACCCAAUGCUAGCACAACACACACUCACGCAUUGUCUUAACCAGCCUCAUUUUGGUUUGCGAGAGGAAGUUUCAGCUGUAACCCGGCAAUUUUUGGGCCUCCACGAAAGCGAAUUCUAGAGGGUAUUUGGCCUACUCUUCCACACAGACCAAACGUGUCGGACAAGGUAGGAGAGUCCCACGCUAUAUUCCUUUGCACACGAUCUGCUGAUCGGCUAGCUUGUGAACGCAUUCUGCUAGGUGGACAGGCGGGCGGGAUUUGGUAAAUGCACUCAUUGUUUCAACUGCCGUGGCGGGAUAUGACAUUGAGUUGGCGACCCUGCAUUGCAAGUCCAGCGUACUAGCCAUUACACCAUUCAGUGCUGUUCUUUAAAUAUGCUUUACAAUUACUCAUACUGAGCACAGUUUAUUAUAGUAUUAUAUAUAAGCGUUAUUUUGGCUGUUUUUCAUUGCAAUAGCAGUAAAUAUGAUUCGAAAAUACUUGUCAGCUUUCAAAAUAUUUUGUGCACUAUCUCAAGUGUAUGUAUACCCCUUAACUACUGUUAACUCGCCACCUAUCACAGGAAUAUUCCCUUGCCGUGUCAUUGUCGUGCGAUUGUGUUUGGGAGAGAAGACGGAACAUGGGCAAGCUGAGGAUAUUUGUCGGUUUAUGGAUAUAUGAUGCACUUUUUUCGGACCGUCCAUAGUCAACCGUGCUAAUCAGAGGUGCAAUGUUGUUCACAACUAAAAUAGGUUUCUACACAUUUUAAUAUUUCUGGUGGAUGGGGACAGGGAGCAUAAAUUCUGUGAGUUGUAAAAUAGUGGCAUGGUGUACGUUGUCUGUUGGUGACUUCCUGCUCAAAUGAGCAUGGAGGUGUCGUGCUCAUCUCCCAUUUACAGCCCUGAGCGAGUGGUGGAAUGUCCACGUUCCUAUAGCAGGAGCGACCACAAUUGCAUUCCCCACACUGGUACUAAUUUUAUCGACCUUGGAGCCAGGAUAUGUUUUCCUGCUACUCGCUUUAUUCCACUGAGCGAACUGGCCAAGUUUUAAUGUAAACAUUUCUCAAAAUUCAUUUAUAUUUUAUCAAAGGCCAAGCAGAUUCAAUUCCUUAAGAGCUGUACACACAAUCAGAUCUUUAGGUUGGGCUGUCCAAGCAAGGGACAAGUCUGUCGGUUGGGUCUCAGGCUCGAUAGCCAGUGUCGUGUCCACACUUUGGCCGUGGUUGAUUGCAGUGGCUCAGCAAUGUGUAACUGUUGAAGACGAGGAAUAAAGUUGUCGCGUUUAAUAAAAAUCAACGAGACGUGGCCAAAGCCAUUGAUUGCGCCACGCCUCUCUACUCUCCGCCAGAACCCCGAUUUUAUUUUCAACAGUUACGCAGAACGAAGUGUUUAACACAAACCGUUAUGUAUUAUCUAAAUAAUGCAACAAUAAUUGAUAUUUAAAAAUACCGUUUAAAAAAACACUUUAAUUAAAUGUACCGUACGAGUAAUGGCAGAACUCCACGACUCCAGGAGGUGGCCCCGAGGCUUGCCAUAACGUAAGUGAGUGUGGUGAUUUACAGCCAACGUCAGUUGAGCGUCGACAAUUAGACCCAAGCCGAAACAACGUAAUGUGAAUUAUAGAAUUUAGUAUUGUCACCAGUAUGACGUAAGUAUACCAAGUUUGCAGUCGAUACGACAUUGGGAAGUGGGUUAAAAUUAAGUUACAAGAAUACAACAGUGAGUUAAAGAAAAGCGUGUAAUAAAAAAAGUGUCACUCUUCAGUGUAAUAAAAGGUGUAUAUAAUAUACCAAUUUAAUGUCAUUACAGA